UGGUGUAGAAACGGGCUUUGACGGCGGACGAAAGUAACAUCAUCAGUAAACAAGUUCUCGGUUCUUGGUUCAUACUCACAUGGAUUAUUGACUUUACUGAUCUGUCCUUGUGGCUGUAACUGUUUAAGUCUUAACGCUGUGCAGGAUUAGUCACAAUAACAGCUAUAAACUACCUCCAGUAAGUCUGCAGAUGUUUCAGUGUUGCACCUUGACCUCAAAGUCAAACCAACAAAAACACCAGAACAACUUUAUUCAAAGUAGAGUGCAAAAACAACAACAAAACCAAACCCGAGGGUAGAACAGAUGCCUUUGGAUGUGGGGAUGUACGAGCGCCGGGCAGAUUAUAAAUCUGAGAAACAGUGCCAGCGAACCUCGCUAGCUUACUAUCGGGCCGUGCGGGAUUUACUGCCGGUGUGGCUGCUGGAGGACAUUCGCACCACCGAAGCGUUUCACUGGGAAGACGAAGGUCGCGCAUGCGCUUUCUCGCCAUCCGAAGCGCUUCUCUAUGCGCUCGUCCACGACCACCAGCAGUACGCGCGCCACCUACUCCAACGCUUUGCCGUGCACGCGCUGGCCAUGCCGAGCGCGAGCUUCCGCUGCUGCGCGCACUCUUCCACGCCACACGUCGCCGUAGCCGUGCGCUACAACCGCAAAAACAUCCUCAAAAUGAUGAUGGACACCCUCAAGGAUUUCGCAGACGAAGGCACAAAAAAGCUGCUUUUGAAUCACCGCGGGUGCGCGCACGCAGAGGGCGGUAAAACGGCGCUACACCUGGCGUGUGACCUGGCGCGCCCCGAGUGUCUGCUGCUGCUGUUGGGUCACGGCGCGUGUCCGUACGUCACCGAUCGUGCCGGAGACACACCUCUGGACUGCCUGCUGCAACAAAUCAGCCAAAGUGACACGGACAUGCGUACGAAGCGCGUGUGCCUCGGAUACCUGGUGCUGUUCAUGCCCGCUUUACGCUUCCGCAUGCGCACAGAGCUGCGCGAGAACCCGGCACUGUGGAGCCGCCUCAUCGGCGUGCAGGCGGUCCAGUGGCUCUCCGGUCAAUGUCCACCAUCGCUCUUUGUCCAAUGCAUGCGUAACGUAACACGAUCCGUCCCUGAUGAACAGCUCAAGUCCCUGCCCGACUUCCUCAGACCACCCGAUUUCAGAUUGCACCAGUUUUAACGCAAUAACGUACGAGCUCGGACUGACUCAUAAAAUGACCCCUUAUAAGAAAAAAGUGUGUAAAAAGUGUCGAAAGCUUCAAGUUAUGGCGAGAUGUUCCCUGUUAUUUCUGCUGGUUGAUCGAGUACUUACUACCAUUUAGAGCUGCUACACUACACUGAAUACUGCACUGUAAAUAUGUGGAUGUUGUAACAUAGAAUGACGCUUUGUAACUGUUUAAAAUAUACAUUUUUUAAAAAGUGA